UCCGCCAUGGUUUGUCCUGUCUUUCAUGAUUUGUAAUGUGACUGGUUUAUACACAAGAAUAGCCCCCUGUUCGACGUUAAAGACAAACCCAGGGAAUCAACUUUUUGGAACUGCGCAAAAUUAUCACAGAUGAGCCGCUUUACUAAAGGAUGAUUUCAAGAUGGCUACCAGUUCGGAGUUGAAUCAGUUUCUGGAAUAUGUUGAUGAGAAGGUGCUAGAGUGUACCAUAUGCUUUAAGAGACUUCAAAAUCCCAAAUCCCUCAACUGCCUUCAUAGUUUCUGUUUGACGUGUCUGGAAGACUGGGUUAAGACAAAGGGUAAGCUGACAUGUCCAACUUGCUCAAAGUCACAUGCCAUUCCAGAGGGUGGACUUCAGAAGCUUCCACCAAAUACUUUUCUGAAUAACUUAUUUGAAGCUAUUGAACAAAUUGCCAAAAGAGAUCAGAAAAAUUGUGUUUGUGGAAAAAAACAAGCAACAUAUUACUGCCAGGAAUGCAGACAUUACUUAUGCAAAACUUGUAGUGAUUGUCACAAAGUAUUUCCUGCAUUGGCAAAUCAUAAGCUCCGUACUGUAGAGGAUGUAGGAUCAAUGACUGCACAAGACUUUGCAUUGUUACAUCCUCCGCUAUGUUCUCUUCACAAUAAGUCUCUGGAGUUUUACUGCACAGAUUGUGCAACUCCAAUCUGCAUAAAUUGUACUCUUACGGAGCACAAGGUGUGGGAAGGAAAACACAAAGCAAUCAGCAUCUCCGAAGCAUUCCAGACUUUUAAAGAAACUUCGGCAAAAUUGGAAGAAGCUGCGCAACAUUACACAAACAAAUUAGAAGAUGGUCUCCAAUCUGUUAGCCACAAUGCCACAACUUUUGAACAAAGUAAAAAUACGUGUUUGAGAGAUAUUGACAAUCAUGUGCAAACACUUAUAAAGACCAUCAAGGAGAAUGGAGACAAGAUGAAGAAUGAAGUAGAGGAAAUGUAUGAAGUAUAUACAGCGACAUCUGAUGCACAUAUGGAUGAAUUGAGAACAAUCUUAUCUGAUAUAAAUACAAAAUUGAGUUUUCUUAACCAGUUGCUGAAGAGUAAUGACGCAACAGCAAUGCAGUCAAGUGAAACAGUAAUUACAGCACUGAAGGACAGAAUCAAUGAAUUGCCAAAAACAAAGCCAAGUGAUAGUGCACAAAUAAACUUCUCUAUAAACGUACAGCAAAUUUCCUCACUAUUAGAACAUGAUAUUGGGAUUGUAAAACAAUCAAAGUUAGUGAAAGAGAAAUCGGACACGGACACUGAAGAUGAGCAAUUGCAACAGCAUAGUUCUUUCGAAGUUGCUGUUAGCAAAUCAUUCAGAGUUAAAUCAGACAGUAACAGCGAGGUAGAGAAUGAACAGUUUACUACUGAAGUUUCAGAAACUGUAUGUGAUGCAGUUGGAGUUGAGACUGAGAGUGAAAGUAGAUCAUACAGUUACAGAGAGGUGAAGGCACAGCCUAAUGAAUUUGAAGAGUUAGCAUGUAAUGCAGUUGAAGGUGAGACUGAGAGUGGUGUUAUCAAACCAUUCUGGGUUAGACCAUACAGUAGCUCAUACAGUAACAUCAAGGGUGAGAGUGAACAGUUUGAAAUUACUACUAAAGUUUCAGAAUCUGUAUGUGAUGCAGUUGGAGUUGAAAAUAGUGACAGUAGAUCAUACAGUUACAGAGAGGUGAAGGCACAGCCUAAUGAAGUUGAAGAGUUAGCAUGUGCAGUUGAAGGUGAGACUGAGAGUGGUGUUAUCAAACCAUUCUGGGUUAGACCAUACAGUAGCUCAUACAGUAACAUCAAGGGUGAGAGUGAACAGUUUGAAAUUACUACUGAAGUUUCAGAAUCUGUGUGUGAUGCAGUUGGAGUUCAGAAUAGUGACAGUAGAUCAUACAGUUACAGAGAGGUGAAGGCACAGAAUGAAGUUGAAAAGUCUCUAUGUUAUGAAGUUGACGAGUCUCUAUUUUAUGCAGUUGAAGGUGAGACUGAGAGUGGUGUUAGCAAACCAUUCUCAGUUAGACACAGUAGAUUAUACAGUAACAGCAACGUAGCGAAUAAAGCGUCUACUGUUGAAGUUGCAAAGUCUGUAUGUGAUGCAGUUGAGAGUGUUAGCAAAUCCUUCAGGGAUAGGCCUAAAAAAGAGUGUAGCCCUGGACGUUCUGGAAUACAUUAUCAGAAUUACUCAAGGGCAGACCAAAAACAAGCGCAGACGCUUGGUUAUAGAAACCAAAAGGGAAAAAAGAUUUUAAAAAAAUAA